GACUUUUCAAACCCUUCACCGCCGUUUGUUCGUCGCCGCCACCUCUCCUCUCUCUCUCUCUCUCGCAACAUCCUUUUAGAACAAACUGAAUUGUUCCCAAAGAAAGGAUGGUGACUGAAGAAGACAAGAUAUUCGCCAAGAACUUCCGCAUCGACGACCUCUCCGACGUCCCAGCCGGCCUUCCUCGGCAUCGGAAACUCAAGCAAAACCGUGUCGUCUCUAAAAAAGACGCUUCAGUUGAUACUGCAGAUGCCAUUUACUCGGGUGGCUAUGUCUCUUCGGGAGUGGACAACAGUGUGAAGCUAGAAAACUUCUAUGAGGAUUUCAAAGUUGAUGUGAUUAGUUGCACGGAGACAGACAUGGAGUUUGAUAUGAUCGGUAUCGAUGCUGCAUUCGCCAAUGCUUUCAGAAGGAUCCUUAUAGCUGAGGUUCCUUCAAUGGCGAUUGAAAAAGUGCUUAUAGCAUACAACACGUCGCUUAUUGUAGACGAAGUUCUUGCUCACCGGAUUGGUCUCAUUCCGAUUGCCGCAGAUCCAAGGCUCUUUGAGUAUUUAACCGAGAACGAUCAGCCAAAUGAGAAGAACACCAUUGUUUUCAAACUCCAUGUGAAAUGUCCCAAAGGUCAACCACGUCUUCAAGUUUUAACGAACGAGUUGCAAUGGUUACCAAAUGGAAGUGAGUUUCUGAAAGAAACAGGAGGUUCAACCUCAACCUCAAACUCAAACUCAAAGCCAAAAACUUACACUUCAUUCAGCUGUAGCCAAGAUUCUCUCCCUGAAUAUGCUGAGAGCCCUAUUACCCCGACCUACCUCGAUAUCUUGAUAGCAAAACUCAGCCCUGGUCAGGAAAUCGAGCUUGAAGCUCAUGCGGUUAAGGGCAUCGGUAAAACACAUGCAAAAUGGUCCCCAGUAGGUACAGCUUGGUAUCGAAUGCUACCUGAGGUGGUUCUACUUGGAGAAGUUGAGGAUGAGAAAGCUGAACGACUCGUAAAAGUCUGCCCACAGAAUGUUUUUGACAUUGAAGACAUGGGCAAUGGUAGGAAAAGGGCAACGGUAGCACAGCCUCGCAAUUGCACAUUGUGUAAGGAGUGCAUAAGGGACCAUGACUUGGUUGACCUGGUGGAUCUACGCAGUGUCAAGAACCAUUUUAUAUUUAAAAUUGAGUCCACAGGAUCACUGCCUCCGGAUGUUCUUUUCACUGAAGCUGUGAAGAUACUGGAAGAUAAGUGUGAACUUGUACUCGCUGAUCUCUCUUGAAAAGAGAUUGUUUUGGUUUACCUCUCUACUGCCAUUGUUCCGGUUUAGUUCAUUUUUGUGGUUUGUAUCAAAUAUUCUCCUUAUUAUUAAUAUGAAGAACCCUAAAAUUAAUUUUAUAGUUUUUGUUUA